AUGUCUGGUAUGGGAGUUGGUUUUGUUGUGCCAGUCAUUGUAUCAAGUUUCACUUAUGGUGUUAUUUGGUAUCGUGCUCGACAAUCAACACGACGCAUCGGAGCUAGAGAAGCAGACAGAACAACAGCGUCUAUGCCAAAUGCGAAAUGUGAAAUAAAACUGGUUCGCAAUAUGCUUAUGUUGCUGAGUGUAUUUGUUAGUGGAGGUUCACCAUUUGUGUUUCUUGUUCUUUGGCAGAAGAUUGCAUCACAGACUCCACCACCAGAGUCAUUUUAUCUGUUAGCGGUCAAUGUCAAUGCUAUAUCAUUAUGUGUCAUGGUAAUGAUGACUGUUCUCUUCUACAUGAACAAGCAAGUGAAGAGUGCAGUUCUUGCCUAUUUUAACUCUCAACGUCACCGUGAUCAUCCACCACUCAUGCAGCGGUCGACCUUACCAUGUACGAAAAAUUAA